AUUAUAAUUACAGUAUAUAAUAAACAAUAUUCAUUGAAUUCUGUAAAGUAGAGUAAUAACUAUCAUGAGUCGAAAUAUUUUGGUUUUGUAUUGUAUUAUUGUCACCAGCUUAGCUCAAGAUGAUGUAACUACCAAAACAUUUCCAGACGACUUUAUGUUUGGAACAGGUUCUUCCUCAUAUCAAAUUGAAGGGGCAUGGAAUGAAGAUGGUAAAGGAGAAAAUAUUUGGGAUCACUUCACCCAUACGAAGCCUGGACGAAUACCCGAAAAUGCUAAUGGUGAUAUCGCUUGCGAUUCUUAUCACAAAUACAAGGAAGAUGUAGCCUUACUGAAAGACAUGGGUGUUAAUCACUACUUGUUUUCGCUGUCAUGGUCAAGAAUUCUUGUUAAUGGCACCACUGAUACAAUCAAUCAAGCUGGAAUAACUUAUUAUAAGAACCUCAUCAAAGAAUUGAAAGGUAAUGGUAUAGAACCUUUCGUAACUCUGUUUUACUCGGACCUACCACAAACACUUCAAAUGCAAGGAGGAUGGAUUGACAGCUUCAUUAUAGAAACUUUCGCCAACUACGCACGGCUCUGCUUUGAACAGUUCGGAGACGAUGUAAAGUAUUGGUUGACGUUCAAUGAUCCUAAACAGCUUUGCUUGUAUGGUUACGGGACCGGUACUAUGGCGCCGGGGAUCCAGGAAGCUGCCAUAUUGGAUUACAAAUGCUCUUAUAUCGUCAUCAAAGCCCAUGCCACAGUUUGGCACGUGUAUGAUGAAGAAUUUAGAUCUAAACAAAAUGGAAAGGUAUCUAUUGCUAUUGAAACUAGCUGGUAUGAACCUAACGGCAAUUCUACUGACAAUCAGGAAGCAGCUGAAAGAAAACUUCAGUUUACAUUUGGUUGGUUUGGAAACCCCGUCUAUAACAGAGAUUAUCCGGAUAUUAUGAAGCAGCUUAUAGGAAGUCGAAGCCAACGGGAACAUCGCCGUACCUCUCGUCUCCCCGUAUUUACAGACGAAGAAUUAGAAUACGUUCACGGCACUUACGAUUUUCUGGGUUUGAAUUCGUUCACUUCCGGCUUGAUUGAAGAACCUAGAGAAGAACCGGAAGUAGCAAAACCAAACUACAAUGACGACUGCGGAGUUGAUGAAGUAGAAAACACCUGGCCAAGUUCUGGUUCUUCUUGGUUGAAGAUUACUCCGUGGGCCAUGAGAAAGCUUCUAAACUGGGUUAAGGAUACUUAUGACAACCCAGAUGUAUUCAUCAUUGCAAAUGGUGUUAUAGAUGAUGGCUCUUCUCUGAAUGAUGAAAUCAGGAUAAACUAUUACAGGGACUACUUGAGUAAUGUCAGAAAUGCCAUGGACGAUGGAGUCAAUGUAAUCGGUUACACGGCGUGGAGUUUUUUGGACAGUUUCCAGUGGUUAGGCGGAUACACUGAAAGAUACGGUUUUUAUUAUGUCGACUUUGAAAGCGAAAAUCGGACAAGAACGCCAAAAGGUUCCGUUGAGUAUUUCAAGAAAGUUAUUUCAACUCGCUGCUUGGUGGAUACAUGUGAUGAAACGUAAAUUGAUAUUUUAUAGCACGGUUUUGUAAGAAAUAAAUAUGAGGAACUGUUAUUACUUAUUUUGUGUUAUAACAUAAAUAUAUUUAUAAUAUAUUGUAAGGUUGCAUUGUA